CAUUGAGCACGGGAAGAAUAUGUUUGUCAGAUUAGCAAAUUUUCAGUUACUAUUUACUGCCCCACGCUUGCUGCACGCGCCUUCAGUCCUUGGCUGUAAAAGUCUCGGGAGAUCGCUUACCUGCUGCAAGGUAGCAGACACUUUUAAGAAAACAAAUCUAGUGUCUUCCAUAUUUUCCCAACGCAUGAUGUCUUCUCAAGCACCUGUGAUGCAGAAGCUCCCUUUCUUAGUGGAUGACCACACUGUGAGCACAGUUCGAGAUUCUAAGAUAAUGGUUCUUCUGAGGGGUCUACCAGGCAGCGGUAAGACUACUCUUGCUAAGGAAAUUGAGCAGAAAUAUAAGGACAACUCUCGUUUCCUCUCUGCUGAUGACUACAACAUCAAACCAGCUAUAAGGUCUUCUGGUGGAGCAGAAUACAAGAAACUGAACGAAGAACUGACUACUUGUUGUGAGAGGCGUGAAGCCAGCUUGCUUAUCCUCGAUGACACACACCAUGAUCGAGAACGCCUGGAUGAGCUUUUCGACCUGGCCAACAAAUACCACUUCACUGUGGUUGUACUGGAGUCCAAAACUCCAUGGAGGUUGGACUGUGCACAACUAAAAGACAGGAACCACUGGAAUCUGUCUUUGGAGGAACUCAAGAAUUUGAGACCUACUCUGGAGAAAGAGCUCAUCCCAUUGUUUUUUGGAUGGUUUGUAGCUAAGCGUGAUGAGGAUUCCCUAAGAAAGACAAGUCAUGAGUUUUUGGAGCAGCUUGGAAAUCUCAAAGCUUUUAAGAAGCGGUUGUCAUCAUUUGUCUCUGAAGACAAACAUAAGUUGGAUCUUGUGAAAUACUUUUCCACUACACCCAACAUCCUUCAUUGCACAACCAAGUUCUGUGAUUAUGGAAAGGUACCAGGAUCUGAGGAAUAUUCACAACUAGAGGCUGUGAAGAAAGCUUAUUCCAAGGGUUUCACCCUACAUAUUAGUGCACUAUUUGUUACCCCCAGGACAGCAGGAGCCCGAGUGGAUCUUACUGAAGAACAACUCUUGCUGUGGCCUCUAGAUGCAGAGAAGGAGGUUAUGCCCAAGGAAAACCUCCCUAGGGGCAGCCGUGCCCAUCUGACACUAGGCACAGCAGGUGAUGUGCAAAAUGUCCAGACUGGCAUUGACCUGCUGGAAUUUGUCAAAAUGCAACAUUCAGGGAGUGAAGGGGAGAGCAUUGAAGAGCUGGGAUUGGGCAAAGUAUCAUACUAUGAUAAUGGAAUGUGGAUGCUUACUCUGUCCAGAAAGAUUGAGGUGAAGGUAAUUUUCUCAGGCUACUAUGGCAAACCUGGAGCUGCUAACACUCAGAGGGGCAGCAAAAAGGGCAUUCUGUCCCAAUGCCACAUUAUGUAACCAAAAAGUUGGGGAGCAAUUGGUUAAAUCCUUGUGUUUUGCAAGCUUGUAGUUUAGGUGAGGUGGGGAGGGUCUGGGGCUUUAAAAUAGAGGCAUCAUAUGUUUUAAUAAUCCCUGACCCAAGACUAUUGGAACAGAAGGAGCCAAAUUUCAUAAGUUUUUUUUUUUUUUUUUUUUUUUUUUUUUUUUUUUUAUGUAUUUACUAUUUCAUUUCUAUUAUUAUUGUACAAAUAGAAUGAAAACCCAAAUGUGGAAAUCAAACUGCAAAAGGAUUAAUUAGGACAAACUCCUUGUAAAACACUGAUAUACAUUGUAAGAAGUUAGCUAUCACUGCAACACACUUUAUGAGCAUGUUAGAAUGUUCUUAAAAUAAAUUACGUAACUUUUAUUUAAUGCUGAAUAUUAUAGGUCACUGGAUACAUAGUCAUGCAGAUAUAUUAAAACAACAAUGCAUUUAAUGUGUAAUUCUGAACAUCAUCUGCAACAUGAUUUACAUUUGCAGAGAGAAAGAAUUAUGACAUCAUUCUUUGAUAGCCGUUGGGUCUUGUGAUAUAAGAUUGAAGAUAUAAUAUCUAGGAAAUGCAUCACGCCACUUGACGCCACAUUUCCAUAGAGUCAGCAACAAAUGAACUUUAACACACAUACUUAUAGUUUUUCCUUUUUGUUUGUCAUUUCAUUGUAAACACACAACUUGUCUAAGACCCAUGCCUUAAUAAUUAAAGGGACAAAAAAUGAUAUAUUUUGGUAUUGCAUAAGAUAAAAAAGAACACACCUAAGACAAAAAAAAAAUUGUCCUUGUAAAGAAAUAUUUUUUGUUUUUUUUAAUGUAAAUAGCAGUAAUGCUUUGUUUAACCCUUUCACUACACUGUUCUAAUCCUUGUGUAUUAAUACAAAUUGCCGCCUUGUAAAGGGACAAACAGCCUAAAACUGAUUUUGUUUAGUGCCAAAUUCAAAGUGAUAAUAGCUAUUUGGUCUCUUAAAACUAAGCUAAGUCAUGUCUUCAUACUCAGCAUACUUUUUCGAUGUUCAUGUUUAAAUGACAGUAAACUCAAAAUAUAAUUCCCCAUAAAGGGCCAGAUUACAAGUGGAGCAAUAUUUAAAGCUCUUGCACUAACUACACUAGAAGUAAGCUUUUUGCGUGUCAGGUAGCGCUCUUGCACUAUCCCAAU